AUGAGGAGUGUCCCCCAAAAAAGAGGAUAUAGACAAAGAAUUAUGAGGAUCUGGAAGGAGAAAGGAAUGUUUAAUGUGUUUGAAAAAAGGCUUGCAGACCAAGUAAGAGUCGUCCUCAGAAGUGGCUGGCUCACAACCAUUGAACUUGAGGAAAUUAAAAGAAUGCCUGAUAUGCAAGAAACUAAUUUGAUAGAGGGUGGAGAAGCUAGGAGUGAUAAUGGGUAUGAUGUGACGAUGAUACCCAACCACUACCGCCAUCACCGAAACAACUAGAAACACCACAAGAGCUAGAUGCACAACAACAAACACUGAAACCCAGUUAAGAACUUACCACCGAGCAAAUGGUGAUUUGGGACAGGUUAUGUGAAUUAAGAAUGGGUGCAGACAAGCUGGAGAAAUUACAUUAGUUGAAAGGUGUGUCAAAGAAAAGGGUUGGAGAAGAACUCAAGAUCACUGAGGAAGUUGCUAGUUUCAUUGAGACAGAUAACAUCACGGAAACUAAUGACUUUAACAUUGCGUGUGCUGUGGUGGUGACUGAAAGACUUCGAAUUCGGCUUCGGCGGAAGAAUGGGAACAAACAGCCCAGAAUUUAGAGGAGACCUGAGUCGGCUAGUGCAGAUCAGCAAGUAAAAAUGCAUUAAAAGAAGGAUUAAAAACAGAUUGGAAAGAAAGUAAAAGAUCAAGAUUAAGGGAUUAGCCGUUGUUGUUGAAGAACUGAAACAAAGAAUAACAGCUAAGGCACCUAAUUAAGGUAAAGAGGUAUGACAAACGAAUUAGACAAUACCAGAUCUAAUCAGAGACAGUCUUACAAGCAAAUCGAUCAAUUAGACCAGUCAGAGCGGCCUAUGCCUAAUGAAGAGGAAACUGGAGAAAAACUUUGCAAAUGAAAAAAGUGAGUGUGGAAAGUCAUUCUGGAGUGAGCUUUGGGCUAUCUCAGUUGAACACAAUAAGGAGGAGGAGGCAUCACGAUUAUAAAGGGUUUAAAAAGAGGCUCAAGACGAUUUAAUGAUAACUGUAGACAAAAUCACGAAGCAGCUGAGAAAAUUACUCGCCAACUGGAAAGUCCCCGGACUAGUUAAUGUACAAGGAUUCUGGCUGAAAAAUAUGAAGCUCAUGCAUGGAAGAGUAGCUACCGCAUUUAUUUCAUUUACCGCCCUGGGUGCUUAUUAAAUUUUGGACCUUGAGAGUGGGCGUUUAUUCGAGGUGGGCGCUUAUUAAAUUUUCAACAUUUUCAGCAAGUGUAGUUUUUUUAUUUUGCAACAAAACAAUAAAUGGUACUAACAAAACGCGAAGAUGUAGCAAAGCAAGGUUUUGUGUAAAAUACACUGUAGAAAACUCCGUCUUCGGGGAAGUCUCGUAUUAGUAUUUAUUUAAUUUUAUGGAGGUGGGAGAGGGGAAAGGGGUGGGGUGGGGGUGGACACUUAUUUGAGUUUGAGUGGGAGUGAGACGGUGGUGGGGUGGGAGUGGGCGCUUAUUCAAGGCCGGGCACUUAUCAACGUUUUGUGCCUUUAGGAUGGGCGCUUAUUUGAGGUGGGCGCUAAAUCAAGGUUGGGCACUGAUUCGAAUAAAUACCGUAGUCAAUGGCAGGACUGUCUUAAUGAGGUGCAGGUGCCCGAGUGGAUGGUAUCAAAGAACCGGAUAAGGGAAAUUUAGUAGGGAACUAUCACGCACUAACAUGCUUACCCUUAAUGUGGACGUUGCUCACUGGGAUAAGCAGAAGAACUCAAUGACUACUUAGAGCAAAGGGAUUUAAUCCCAACUGAACAAAAGGAAUGUCGUAAGAACAGUAGGGGAACCAAGGACCAACUAAUGAUAGACAAAGCAGUUAUACAAUCCUGCAAGAAAAGACCAACUAAUCUUGCUAUGGCUUGGCUACAUUAUAAAAAGGCAUAUGACUUAGUCCCUAAAGUAGUGGAUAAUGGAGACACUAGGAAUGUUGGGGCUGCUGAAAACAUCCAGUUGAUUCUUAACGAGAGAAUAAAGAUGUGA